UGUACCAUUCCCUUCCUAUCGAAGUUCACGGGCUUUUGUUUGUUGAGAUAGGAUCCCGUGCAAGACAAAAAAAUCCUUUGUACCGGCUUACUAUCUUCCUAGUUACUUCCUGUAGUCGACGAUUAUGAAAGAUUCCGUUAAGAUAAUAAUAAAAUAGUAAAUAUGUACAGAGUAGAGUACCGAAAGCAGUGGAAAUGGUUAAGUAUAAAUAUUCGAACCGAAGAAAACAGCUUUGUACAUUUGGUUUAGCCAUUUAAGAAAGAUCAGGCAAGUAGUAUGUGUUUGCAUUCAGCUGAUUAGCUGUUUUUUCACUAAUAAGCUACAUAUGAUAUGUCGUCGCGUAUAUGUAUGUAGUACCAUACGUAUAUUCGCGAUUGUGUGUCAGUGACAGAUAGGCAUAGAACAGUGACAAAUAAAAUCGCAUAACACGUAAAUGCGGUUCAUAAAUGUCUUGUAAAUCCGUAUGGUUUUCUAUAAUUUAUUACAUAUAUGCGUAUGUGCAACGAAUUACAUUUUAGCAAGAUCUUUUAUGAAAAUUAUAAAAGAGGCAUUGAUGUUCUUAGACAACAAAAAUUCAGUGCUAAAGUAAAUGAUAUGGAAAAUUGACAAAUGCUAUGUUUAGUCUAAUGGGUAUUGUGUAUAAGUGAAUCAAAAUAAUUAGUAACAAGUAUUGGAAUUCAACAGCAAAUAUUAAAUAUGGAAGAGAAGCACGGUUCAAGUGUAUUGGAAGACGAAGAAGUGGAAGAAUCAGAAAAUAUAAUAAUUAACGAAAUUGAUGGUUUACCCAACUUACAUCCUAAUUAUCAACAAUUAGAACUGGAAUUUGAUGUAGGGAAAGGUCACAGCGAGGCUAAUACAAGAUCUUUAGAAGAUUUAGUGCAUGAUGAAGAUUUACCAAUAUCGGUUAUAGUAACUAAUGUGGAUCCUCGUGUAUUUAGCAGCGAUGAGUUAAAGCAUGAAAUAGAGGAUCUAUUUAAACAAUUCGGUGAGGACGCUACUUUUCAGUAUUUUAGAUCAUUUAGAAGAAUGAGAGUAAACUACAAUUCCCCAAAUGCAGCUGCUAAUGCUAGGAUACAGCUGCAUCAAACUCACUUUGGUGAGACCAGCAUCAAUUGUUAUUUUGCACAGCCUGUCACUCCAAUAGAUAUGGAAGAUCAACAUCUCCAGCCACCAGCGCUUACUAAACAGUUCCUAAUUUCACCACCAGCUUCACCGCCUAUCGGUUGGAAGCCUAGAGAGGAAAACGAACCUUUAGUUAAUCACGAUUUAUUAGCAGCUAUAGCAAACCUAUCUUCAGGUGGUAGUCACGAAUUACAUCCUGGAGGUUCAGGACAGCCAGGAAUAGUCGUUCAUGUUUGUGAAACAGCAAAUCCUAUAAAAAAUGCUCCACGCAUACAACAUACACGUUGUCCAGAACAUUCAUAAGUAGCGUUGCUAGAGAUAUUGUCUAUUUUAUGACAAUGAAUUAUUUAUCCAUCCAAGAAGAAACUAGAGGCAUUACAUACAACGGCAUUCAAUACACAAAACUUUUUAUUGCUAUAUCGCAAAAUUGACAAUUUUUAACUUGUGGCAGUAGCGUCACAAAAAAUGAUUUGUAAACGCGUUUUGCUAAGGCAAGUACAUAUAUACAAUGUUAUUUUUUGCUGAAAUUUAAAACAAAAAUAUAUCAUGAAGAAUGUUAUAUA